UCAGCCCUCCCGUGGCCGCUUCCGGCCUUUGUGGGUCACUUUUGAUGGGUUCCGGGUCCCAAAAGGGUUCGAGGCCUUUAGCGGGGAGUUCUCUUCUGGCCCGGGGGGCCGCAGGACUGUCCAGGAAUAAAUUUUCCAGGGGAGAUCUUACUUGAAACACCGGUAGUUCUGGCACAGCUAAAAUGGCAUCUACUUGGGCUAUCCAGGCCCACAUGGACCAGGAUGAACGUUUGGAAGUAAAGAUAGAGGAGAAGAAGUAUACCACCAGACAGGAUUGGGACCUGCAUAAAAACAACACCCAUAGCAGAGAGGUCUUCCGCCAGUACUUCAGACAGUUCUGCUACCAGGAGACGUCUGGUCCCCGUGAGGCUUUGAGCCGACUCCGAGAACUUUGCCAUCAGUGGCUGAGGCCAGAGACCCACACCAAAGAACAGAUUCUGGAGCUGCUGGUGCUGGAGCAGUUCCUGACCAUCCUACCUGAGGAGCUCCAGGCCUGGGUGCAGGAGCAGCAUCCAGAGAGUGGCGAGGAGGUGGUGACUGUGCUGGAGGAUUUAGAGAGAGAAUUGGAUGAGCCAGGAGAGCAGGUCUCAGCCCACACUGGGGAACAUGAAAUGUUCUUGCAGAAGAUGGUACCUCUAGGAAAAGAAGGAGAACCCAGUAUGCCCCUCCAGUCCAUGAAAGCCCAGCUAAAGUAUGAAUCUCCAGAACUUGAAUCCCAACAGGAGCAAGUUUUAGAUGUUGAGACUGGAAAUGAGUAUGGAAAUUUAAAGCAAGAAGUUUCUGAAGAAAUGAAACCACAUGGGAAUACAUCCAGUAAAUUUGAAAAUGAUAUGUCCCAGUCUGCUAGGUGUGGAGAAACUCAUGAACCUGAAGAAAUAACAGAAGAGCCCUCUGCAUGCUCCAGAGAAGAUAAACAACCUACCUGUGAUGAAAAUGGAGUAAGCCUGACUGAGAACUCUGACCAUACUGAACAUCAGAGAAUCUGUCCAGGAGAAAAAUCUUAUGGAUGUGAUGACUGUGGAAAAGCUUUUAGUCAGCACUCACACCUCACAGAACAUCAGAGGAUCCAUACUGGAGACAGACCCUACAAAUGCGAAGAAUGUGGAAAAGCUUUCCGUGGGAGAACUGUGCUUAUUCGACACAAAAUAAUACACACUGGAGAGAAACCAUAUAAGUGUAAUGAGUGUGGCAAAGCCUUUGGCCGGUGGUCAGCUCUUAACCAACACCAGAGACUUCACACAGGAGAAAAACACUAUCACUGUAAUGACUGUGGCAAAGCCUUUAGUCAGAAAGCAGGCCUCUUUCACCACAUCAAGAUCCACACAAGAGACAAACCUUAUCAGUGUACUCAGUGUAAUAAAAGUUUUAGUCGGCGUUCCAUACUUACUCAGCAUCAAGGAGUUCAUACCGGCGCGAAGCCCUAUGAGUGCAAUGAGUGUGGAAAAGCCUUUGUUUAUAACUCAUCCCUUGUUUCCCAUCAGGAAAUCCACCACAAAGAAAAAUGCUAUCAGUGUAAGGAAUGUGGGAAAUCCUUCAGUCAGAGUGGCCUUAUUCAGCAUCAGAGAAUUCACACUGGGGAAAAACCCUACAAAUGUGAGGUAUGUGAAAAAGCCUUUAUUCAAAGGACAAGUCUUACAGAACAUCAGCGAAUUCACACUGGAGAAAGACCCUAUAAAUGUGAUAAGUGUGGGAAGGCGUUUACUCAAAGAUCGGUCCUCACGGAACAUCAGAGAAUUCACACUGGAGAAAGGCCCUACAAGUGUGAUGAGUGUGGGAAUGCCUUCCGAGGAAUCACCAGCCUCAUUCAGCAUCAGAGAAUCCACACUGGGGAGAAGCCCUACCAAUGUGAUGAGUGUGGAAAAGCCUUCAGACAGAGGAGGAAGACCAGCUACAAGGAAAUACUUCUGAAAAAUCAUUCUGAACCCCAAGCUGGAGUGAAUCUUCUCCUGAGCUCUCUCAUUCCAGAAUGGCAAUCUUGUUGCAGGAAAGAUCUCUAAUAGUGACUGAUGGUAAAGGAAGAAGGCUGUGCCUAGAACAAAGAAUCAGGCUGGCAAAGAAAUCACAGGUCUUUCCUCAAACUUCAAAUUGUUACUAUCUGGAAAUAGCUACCUGGACUUUACAGAGCUGUCAGAGGACUUGGGAAGGUUUGCCAGCAUUGGAAAAAGCCACUUGGACUUCACAGAGCUGUCAGAAGACUUAGGAAGCUUUGCCAGUAGUUCCUGAGACCAGAAAUACAUAUUAUGAAACAGGUGCUGGAACAGGUCCUAACUCCUACUUGUGAAGCUGCAGAUAUAGGUAGGAUUAUGUCAUCCAGAAUGUGGAGAGGAGGCAAUCGAUGAUGCUGGAAAAGUUGAAGAGACAGCUUGAAUGAAGGACAAACCACAGGUGGGAAAGGUUGGAAGGAUCACUUAUAGCUGGACUAGCAAAAGGCUUUGGGAAUAGGAUAGAAAGCAGCAAACCUGAACUUUAAGAUCCACCAGAUGUCUCUGGAACCAUAACCCAGCAUUUCCCAUAAAUAGCAGGCUUUAAUUCUCCUGCUGUUUAGGUGCAUCUCUGGGACCUUCUCUUUCUAUAUUGGGUUUUUUGUUUGUUGGGUGUUUUAAGUUAGGGGUUAGCUUCUAAUUCCAUUUCCCAAGACCAACUUUAUCACAUUGCCUUUGGGUCUUAGGCUAAAAGAUAGAACAAGAUAUGCUUUUGGUCAAGAUAGUACCUUGGAAUCAAAGGUUUCAGAUCAAACCUAAGAUCCUAUCUUGGUUUACCUCUCAGUGUUAUUGCCUUUUGAUAUGGAAAGUUGAUGAGAGAGCAUCUCUGGAGAGAAAGAAGAAGAGAGCCUCACAGGGGAAGCUUUUAGAACUUUUAGUAACAUCCUCUCCCCAGAAACCUUGUCUCUACUCAUCUCCUUCUCAUUGUCUACCUGAUUCUUUAAGUAGAAAAUCUCAACCAUAUUUGUAGGGGCUUGGGGUUUUGUUUUUUGACUCACUUAACUCCUUUAACUUCAAAAUGUUGCUUUCUUACAUUUUAGACAUGAAUAUUACCUAGAAAAGCUAUUACCCCACUGUAAAUUUUCCAGUUUAUUGAUUUCCCCACAUCAGAUUAGUAUGUAUUUUGAAACUGGUUUAGCUAUUGUUUCAAGUUAACUUUGAUCAUAUCCCAUUGUUUACUGAUCCACUCAACAAAUAUUUAUUGAACAUUUUGUAGGUCUAUAGUAGUAGCCAAGAUACUUAUCGGUGAGUAGAAAUAGUCCUUUUAACUGUCCUUAACAAAUUAAACUUUCUCUUGGUUUCAUGAUAUUCCUUGUUUCUCAGCUUUGGAUUCAAACUGAUCUUCUCUUAACUUUUUUGAUUACGCUUUCCUGAUUUCUUUUAUUGUCACGUUUUGUGAAAAGUCUUCCAUGCAUUUCCAGUUUCUUUCUGCCUAGCUGUCUCUUCUCACCCAAAUUGGACCCCUCUACUCCUACCCUGCCACGUGCCUUCACAAAAAUGAGAUGCUUGUUUAGAGACUUAGAAAAGGCAUGCACUUUAGGUAAAAGUGGGUUUUAUUUUUAAUCACUGUACCCUAUCAUAAAUUUUCAUUUCAGAAGAGACAACUGACAUUUGAAUUAUCUGUGCAUUUUAUUUUAGAUGGUGUUACUGAGAAGGAAACUAAGGACUUGGCUCCAAAACAAAAAAAAAAUCUGGAGAUGCUGAAUUUUAUUAGGGGCAAUGUCUGUAGAACUGCAACAUCAAUGCAAUAAGUGUAGUAAAAGCUUUAGUUUCUGGUGCAUCAUUAGUCAGCAUCAUGUAGUCCACGAUUAAGAGAAUAUCUUUGCAAUCUCUGCAAUCAACAAGUUUUGAAAGGCUUUUGCUUGUAGUGGAACCCUCUUUUCCCGCAGAAGAACCACCACAGGAAAAACGCUGUCAGCAUAAGAAAUGUGGGAAAGUUUUCAGCCACAUGGCCUUAUUUGACAUCAAAGAAUCCACAUGAGAGAGAGACUGCAUAAAUAUGAUAACUGAGGAGGCCUUUGUUCAGGAAGGAAACCUUAUACAAACUUGUGUGAAGAGUGUAGGAAGACCUUCACCCAGAAGCCAGAACUGACUGUGCACCAAAGAAUCCGCACCAUAAACGUGAUGAAUGUAGAGAUGCUUUCUUCAGCAUUGGACAAUUCACACUAAAGGGAAACCCUGCCAGUGUGAUGAGUGUGGAAAAGGCUUGGAAAAAUCAGUGAGUGAAUUCAUAUUAGAGACUCUUACAAAUGAGAGGAUUGUGGGAACUUGUAUAGACAGAGAUCAGACCUCAACAAGGGAGUCUCCACAGUAUUGAAAAGUUAAUAUAAUUAAUGUAAGUGGGCAAGUUGUAUGGAGAAUGGGUAGUCUAAAUUGCUCAUUUUAGCCAGUAAAAACAUUAAAUGAGUUUCUUAGAUCAAGAAAAGGAAAUGUUACAAGUUAGUUUUCCCUUCCAGGGAGAUCUAUAUGUAUAAGCAACCAGGACUUUUGAAAUAAGUUGCAUCUUUGGAUUUGUGAUCUGUCUCCUGGAUGAUUAUCUCUGUUUUAGGGGACAGGUAUUUUUUUUUCAUGCCUGCUCUAGUCUCAUCUCGUAUCUUUAAUUCAUUCAGCAAGUAUACAGAGUAGUAUUAUCGUCUACUGUUUGUUGUAAAUAUAUAUAUAUUAUUUUCUUUAUGGGCUGAGUAGGCUUGUAUAGGUACCCUAGGACACAAAAAUCACAUAUAUCGUGUUUCAGUAAAUGUAGUGAAAGGAACUAUAUUAUGAAAUUGCUGGGCAUUUCUAUAAAUUUGGGACUACCUUUUUAUUCUCCAACACAAGACCAUGUAGGUGUCCCUUCAGACAGUAUAUUUUUCCAGCUUUGGCUUCUUUAUUUUCUUUCUU